AGCCAAGGCUGAUGACAUGGGGCACAAUGUGGAGCCGAGGCCGGAGGGGAGGGGUCUCGGGCUGCGUCACAGGGACAGGAGUGGAGAACCUCGCCCCUGGAUGCUGGCGCGGGGCGGCGAAGUCCCUCCCCGGAGGCGGAGGCAGGAGGAGGAGGGAGGAGAUAGUGAAGAAGAAAAGGAGGGAGGGAGAAGCCUGGAGGAGGGAAGAGGGAGGAGGGAGGGGGCCGCCGCGCAGACCGCAGGGAGCCGGGCGCAGGGAGCACCGGAGGGCGGAGCGGAGGGCUGCCAGCAACGGGCGACAGGCGAGCGACCCCACGUCAGCCCCCACAUCUCGGCUGCCUGUGCCCGCGCCUGCCCCCGGGGUCCGCGGCGGCCCGGCGCGCGAGCGCUGACCUCUGCGGAGGCGGCGCGGGCUAAGCAUCGGGCCGGGGCCGGGAGGGGCACCGGGGCCGGGGGGCGGCGCUCCGGCCCGGCCCGGCCCCGCCCGAUGUCCAUGAGUGCGAACACCAUGAUCUUCAUGAUUCUGGGGGCGUCGAUCGUGAUGGCCAUCGCGUGCUUGAUGGACAUGAACGCGCUGCUGGACCGAUUCCAUAACUACAUCCUCCCGCACCUGCGGGGCGAGGACCGCGUCUGCCACUGCAACUGUGGCCGCAUCCCAAGUACCUGUGGACCCAUGUAAACAGACACCUGUAGAGUGGAACCUGAAGUAAGGCUUGUGUGUGCAAAAAUGUGGAGAGCCACAUCAUGUAGACAGUGUUUCUGCGUGUGUCUCUCUACAUGUAUGUGCUUUGUACACAACUCUACAUACAUGGUAUGUAAAUUCGUUGUACAAAGCACUUUUGUAUAUUGAUUACAUAUACGUGUAUGCAAAGUACACGUAUAUAAAACAAUAUACAUUUCAGUGUGCUCAGGGAGAAUGUCGGAACAUCUCAGUGUGGGUGCAGUGACUGCAGAUUAGUUUGCAAAUGGGGUAUCUGUACACAUACCAUGUGCACAUGUGGUGUUGACAGUUUGCCUAUGUGUACACACUUUGUAGAAUAACUGUACACACGUGUCUGCCUUGUACAUGGCUAUUUGCAGAAUUUUAGACAGAAGACAUGUAUGUAAACUAAUGUUUUGGACAGAGCACAACAGCAGGCAGCAUUUGUGUGUACACACAGAUCUGUGCACAUGACAGCAUCCCCACAGAAAGGUGCCUGGUUCAAAGCUGAGUGAAUGUGCAUCUAUGUGUAACGCACCAUACUCAUACCCAAAGUGUGCACAGUGCAUGGGUGUGGGGCUUGUGGGGCCCAUGUCCACAGUAUACAUGCUAUGUCCUGUGCAUGCGGACAACGUGUAUACACAUUGGAUCUCAAGUGGACACAUGGCAGCAUGUGUCAUGAAGGUAGAACACAUCAAAGACAUUCAUUUUGUACACAACACAUCUUGCUUUCAUUUGGAAGACCUGAGCCCCUGCCCUCAGGAGCUUGGUAUAGAAUUAGGAGGAGCCAGGCCAGGGGAGGAAGCAUUCUAGAUAUCCAAGUUAAUUGUAAGGGCACAGGGCCUUUAACCCCUGGAUUCCUUAGGUCACAGGGUGGCUGGGGCCUCACAUUGCUCUACUCGUAGGCUACCUAGAAUCCUUCUAGUUUCUUUCUGUUUCCUGGAACAGCUCUGUUAGGGCUAGUUCAGAGGAAGGACAUGGGUCCCAGGUUGACCUAGUCCCACCAGUGCCUGGCAGUCCCUGAUGGUGUGGAAACACUACCUCCUCCAGGGCCUCCUGGUCAGCAAUACUUUCUGUGCAGGAUCAACAGCAUCCAUUCAUCACGAUGGCAGUGGCUGCCAUGAGCAAGGGACGGCUGCUGGGUGUCAGUCACGGUAGCUCCGGUGACCAACUGAGAGCUGCAGCCUGAGCUUUGCCCACUGGGAUUGGCCAAACUGUAGACCGCGGAGUUAGCCCCCAGGGGAUCUGAGGAGUCUCACUGCUGCUCCUCCCAAUCCCUGCUAACCUGGGUUCAGGUUUAAAAAUACCAACUCCACUGUGAAGAAACACCCAUGUGUUUCUUACUGGGCCCAGAGAGAGAGGAAGAGUUUUUAACUGGGGAGUGGCUCAACGUCUGCUACCGGCAGACACAGGUUCCAGCCUCUCACUGAGAGGAGGAAGGGGUGCAAGUUUAGGAAGCGAGAAGCUAUUUUCAGCAUACAUUUGAGGUGUCUGUAGAUCCCACGUGGAGAUUCACAGGCAGCUGGAGCUCUUAGCAGACAUGGUGGGCAGUGGAAAGGCCCACCCACUAGUGGCUCUGAAAGUGGGUGGGCCAAGAAAGGCAGGCUCAGCAGAAGCCCAGUCAGCCCCUGCGACUGUCAGGAAAAUGAGAGAUGCAAAGCAUGUGGUCCCAUGGCACCCUUCGUAUCCAGACCGGUGGAUCCCGACAUAAAGACUGCUGGCUCUGUGGAGUGGACCAUCAGGUGGCUCACUCCUCCUGGAACAGGAUAGAAGGACUUCCUGAAGUGGUGUUCAAACAGCUCUGAAAGGGGGAUGAGCAACCAGCGGGAACCAUGUGGGAACUCUAGUGUAAGCAGAGGUGAUCGAGGGCAUGAAAGCAAUGGGCAGUUCCAAGAAGCCAGCUAGGACAGGAAAGCAAAGAGGCACAGAGAUCAGGGCCAUAGUGCUUAUACCUAGGAGAGGGCUCUAAAACCUGUCUAGCUUGGACUUGAAUAGCUGGAAACAAGCCCAUUAUAAGAAUAGUAAGUGUAUGAUAGACAUGUGAUCUGUGGGGGACAUGAAUGUGGGGAAGAGAAAGAUCCCUCAAACCUCUGGCAGAAUGGGCACAAGGUAGAUAUUGAAAGCCAGAGACCCAAGGCAGUGACUGUGCCAGGGGAACAAGAACAACUAUUGGUCUUGUACCUGGCCUCCUGAGAGUAUCAUAUAGAGGCCAAUGAGCAUGCCUGGGGGGGCCUUGGUCAUUGGCUGUGCUAAGACCUUGUUAGCCCCUCAGGGCCAGUAGGUGAAUGUGAAACCUG